UUUUAAAUAAAUUAAAUGUUUAAUCUUUUUUUUUGACACAUUUUCGGCCUACAAAUAAGAGAUUUUAGCAUUUCUGUCUGGAUAAGUCUUGCAUACAUCAGUGCAAUUUCAGCAGUCAGUCAGAUCCUGAUAACGAGAUGCCAAGAAGUUGAUAAGAAGUACGCGACGUCAGUCAGUCAGUUGAACGAGAAUCGCGGGCGUGAAUUGCGUGGUCGUUUUCAUCUUUUAUUUUCCAUCUUCCUUUAUUUCUACCUUGUACAAUUCUUGUGACGGAUAAUGAGACAACCUCAUCAUGUGACUGCUACUGAUCAUGUGACUACUUUUCUGUAAUUAUAUAAUUAUAUAAUUACAGAAAAAAAGAAAAAAGUGUAAAACAGUACCGAAAGUGCAAGUUAAUGUAAUUAAAAGUAGCAAGUUUAUCAUUGAUGUAAUUCUUUCUAAAUGUAAAAUCUUUAAUACAAAUUGUUUCUAUAACAUUAUAUUCUAUUUGAAUAUCAAAACAUAAAAUAUUUUAUUUUAUCUGAUUCAAUGCCACGUGAAUUCGUUUUGUGCCUAUGGACUAAAAUAUUUCGAGUGCUCUUUCAUAAGAUGUGAUGUCGCUUGGAUUAAAUUUUUUUCAGGAGAUUGCAUUACUUUUAGUUGAUGAUUAGGAUACUUCUAUAAAUACUUAUUUAGAUACUAUAAUUAUAUUAUAUUUUUACGUGAUAUAUAAAUUUUUGAUUAACAAAAGACGUUUACAAAAAUGAUAUAAUUAUUUUAUAUCUGAUAGAAUAAAUGGUGAUAAUUUAGAUCUUUAUUGAACAAUAACAGAUUUGUAGAAAAUCUGUCAAACCGAUCAACUAUUCAUCGUGCGCGAGUGACGUAAUCGACACGAAUGAUCACCUUUUCUGCGUGAGAAUAGGAAGAACAAAUAGCGGUUUGUUAGUGGCCGAUAAAUGGUGCUCGAUGUGAGUCAUAAACGGGAUGAAUGGCAAUGUGUUGAAGGUGGGCGACAAGUCUCCGUCGCCGGAUUGGGGAGAAGAACAAAAGCUGAUACCAUCAACCACACCAACGACACCGAUGAUUGUGCAAGUGACAAAGAAUUCGUAUUCUUCCUUGAAGUCCAGGAAUCGAUACCGGGCUGGACCAACGCGGAAACUGCGUCGUCGCGCCGUCUUGAAAAAUGGUGAUUGUAAUGUGCUACAAUCGCGCAUCUCCCGGCGAUCGCUGCGUUUUCUACAAGAUAUCUUCACUACUUUAGUAGACACACAGUGGCGUUGGACAUUACUAUGCUUCAUCUUAAGUUUUCUUCUAUCUUGGCUCGGUUUUGCGGUAAUCUGGUGGUUAAUAGCCUUCACUCACGGUGAUUUUGAAGAACGUCAUCUGCCGCCUUUCCAAGUAGAAAACAAUUGGACACCGUGCGUUUACAACAUUUUUAGCUUCACCAGUUGUUUCCUCUUUAGUAUCGAAACCCAGCACACUAUCGGAUAUGGCAGCCGUUCCACCACCGAAGAAUGUCCUGAAGCCAUAUUUAUUAUGUGUCUUCAAAGUAUCUCUGGUGUCAUGAUUCAAGCUUUCAUGGUGGGUAUUGUGUUCGCAAAAAUGACCAGGCCAAAACAGCGUACACAAACUUUGUUAUUUUCGCGAAACGCCGUGAUUUGUCAACGAGAUGGUGAGCUCUGUCUCAUGUUUCGAGUAGGCGAUAUGAGAAAGAGUCACAUAAUUGGUGCAAGUGUACGCGCACAAAUGAUUCGCAAUAAAACAACCAAGGAAGGCGAGAUUCUAUCUCAACAUCAGCAUGAACUGGUGGUAGGUACCGACGGUGAGAACGGCGAUCUGUUUUUCAUAUGGCCAACCACCAUUAUUCAUCGGAUCAACGAGUCUUCGCCUUUUUUCAAUAUGUCCGCCGAAGAUAUGUUAACUGAACGUUUCGAAGUCGUUCUAAUAUUGGAAGGUACUAUUGAAUCUACUGGACAAACUACCCAAGCUAGAACCAGUUAUCUCCCGCAGGAGAUUCUAUGGGGUCAUCGUUUUGAUCAUAUGGUGAGCUACUCAAAGGAACGACAAGGUUACGAGGUGGAUUAUUCAUUAUUUAAUAGUACGACUCAAGUUGACACUCCAUUGUGCUCUGGCAGAGAGCUCGCAGAAUUUUAUAAAGCGCAAGACGAUCUUCAUAACGGAACUGGUGUUCUAAUCGACGACAACCAUUUAAUGAGAAGAGAAUGUAAUUGCAAUUGUCAUCUAACUAAUCAUCAAUGUCUGCAAUUGCCUUUGAAUUCUACAGAAAGUCAUAACGGUAUGGAAAAUAAGAAUUAUUGGCAAAAUAUCUGUAAGUGUUCAAAUUGUAUUUCAUACAAGCCUCCAUUCGAGAGCAUUGAUCAAUCAAAGUUUGAUUUCAACACUAUUAAAAAAACAAAAAACGAAGAAUUGCACCAAUUACCGGCAGCAGCAAAUAAGGAGAUUGUGAAAAACAGCCAAAUGAUUGUCUCUGAGGAAGAGGAAAAAAUCUCAGAUAGAAAUUUAAUUAGAUUGAACGAUACAAAAAAUAAGCUUUUAAGUUAUAAUCAAGAAAUUUUUGAAAAAGGAGAAGACAUUUGGAUACCAAGAGCUGUAGAAAAAAAUGUGAUUGAAUAUUUUGUUAGAACAAAGAAUAAAAAUGCAAACAGUAUAAGGAACAUUACAAUAUUAGAAAGAGACCAAGAAGCUUUGCAGCAAAUUCCCAAGUAUCUUAUGGUAUCUUCAAAUCACUUAAAUGACAAUUCAAUUUUUAGUCAGCAAUUAAAUUACGACUUUCUUAAAUGGAAAAAUGAUAAUUCUCAAGAGAAACAAUACGAUAGUAUUAGAAUCGUGAACGAGAAAACUAUGAGAAAAUCUUCACCACAUUAUCUUGUCAAAAUAGCGAUGCAAAACAAACUUCAUUCUAUUGAUAAUUGUUCGCUGGUUUCUUCAAUUUAUGAUCCUUUAUUAGAAUCAGGUUUUUGUGAAGUAAGUUCCAACAAUAAUUGUAGGGAAUUAUUUACACAAAGUAUAUUAAAGAAUAUUGAGACCAUGGAUCCUGUAGAAAGCACGAAUCUGUCGCAAGAAAAUACAGACAAUAUUGAUAAUCGAAAAGAUUGUAUUAAAGAUCAUCGUGUUGAAACAAUUAUUAGUAUAAAUGAUAAUAUCAAAAAUAACAAAACUAUAGCUUCUUCAUACUUCAAUACAUCUUUUAAAAAUUCUAUUAGUAAUAAAAUCAUCUAACAAUCUAACAAAAGAUACUGAUGCUUUAUUUGUUAAUAAACAAAUUAUAUAUACGGAAAAUGGGGAAGAAAACAUUUAUCAAAGCAAAAAAGAGAUAUAAAUAUCUAAAUACAUAAUUUGGAAAAUUUGUUAGUAAUUUAGAUGAAUUGAAGAAACCUUUCUGAAAAAGCUGAGAAUAAAAAACGAUUUUUCAAAAGUUGGUGCAUCUUAUAAACAUUAUAUUAAACAUGUUAAAUGUUCAAAAUUUGAUAAUACCAUUAUUAAAAAGCAAUAAUAAAUUAAUCAUAAUAUUACAAAAAAUAAUAUUUAAAAAAUAAAAAAUUUUUCGAACAGUAAUAACCAUCGACUUAAGAAGCAUGACCUAUCUUAAUACUAUUCAUAUGCGAAAUUAAGUUCAGAAAAAAAUGAGAGCAAUGGCCGUCAAUUAGCUCUGUCUUCGUUUUUCUCAUGACUAGAAAAAGACAAAAUUGAUGGACAAUUCAUGCUAUCCUUCUUUCACAGUUGGACUCACUUUCGAUCCACGUUGCGCAGUUCAUGCUUUAUGUCGAUGAUAAUAAUUAUGAUAAAAGAUACUCGGAGAAAAAAGUAUUUCUUAGUAUUUCUAUGUAAUUACGUAUUUCAAUUUAUACAUUUAUUACAUUUAUUAAAUUAUAUGGCAGAAUAUUGCAUAAAAAUUAUAACUUGCGACUAUAUUUCAUCGCUUUUGCCUGCGAAUAGAUGAUAAAUCAUGCAAUACUUCUCCAUACGCUUACCUUGGCUGUGUUUCAAAAAUGCUGUCAGUAUUAAAAAUCUAUAGUUUCCGUUACGUACACUAUAGAUUUUCAGUAUUGACAGCAAUUUUGAAAUACAGCCCUUGUUUAUUAUUUACGUCUAUGGCCAUGUCCUGGAUAUCUGUCAGGCCAGUAUUCAUCAUAAUCAGGUCUUAUAUUUAAGAUCGUCUUAAAUACCAUCUUAAAAUAUCAACUAAUCACAGAACCGUACAUAUUAGCAUCUUAAGACAUUGCUUGAGAUGUCCUUAAAAUAAAAUUCAAAUAUGAAUACCGACCUCAUACUUUAUACGAUUGCUUUUAAACGACUAUAGAUAGAUAACUGAACUUGACUGAACCAUCCAGUGGAUGUUCAACAUCCAUGUAUUACAUUAUCUGGAUAUCAGAAACAAAUUGUAUAAUAUUUGCAAAAUAAAUUAUUUUUAAAAUAAA